AUGAAUUACAAGAUAAUUAGCAUAAUUUUCUUGUGCGCAAUUAAAAUAUGUUUUUGCAAUAUUUGUAAGCCAAAUUAAAUUUACUCUUUGGUAGCUUAAUCUUGCCUUUAGUGUUCAGAUUCAUGCAACACUUGCUUUAAUACUAGCGAAUCUGCAUGUAUUACUUGUGAGGAUAAUCUAUUUAAGAGCUCUGAUGAUAGUUCUACUUGUGUACAAAAAUGUUCAAAAAAUGAAUUUUUAAAUGAAAAUUUAGAAUGUGUGAAAUGCUAAGUCUAUGGAUGUGUUAAAUGUGAUACAAACUAAAUUUGUGGUUAAUGCGACUAAAAUUUUAAGCUUGAUGUAGCUAAUAAUCAAUGCAUUUUAAUGAAUAAUGUUUGCCCUUUUUUAACAUACUUUAUUUAUGGAUAAUCAAACCUUAAAUAAUGCAAUUAAGAAUGUCCAUAAAGUUUUUAUUAGAACAUGGAAGCACAAAUUUGCGAAGAAACUGUGAAUUGUAUUUAAAUUGAAGAAAGCUAAAAACUUUCUUUCACUUAGAGGGUUACAUAAAUUUGGCCAAUUAAUGAGGAUCAAUAUUUAGUUAUAGGAAAUGCUUGCACUUUUGCUCUAGUAGAUAAUAACUGGAAGGUGAUUCAUAUAUAAAUGCUUUAAAAUAUAGAAGACAACCAAAUAUUAAUUUCAAAUGGAAAUGAAUUAACUUAAGAAAGUUUUGUUAUUGGAAAUUAAGGAGGAUGUCUUGCAGGCAGCAAAUUAUUGGUGAUAAAUUUUUAAACAUUUGAAGUAGUAUUUGAGAGAAUAAUACCACAAUUUAUUUGA